AUGCAGGAGCAGAAGUCCCGACCCUGUGCUGACCUGCUAAUAUUGCAGCGGAACAAAGUGGACGAAGGCGAUUGGCGACAAACGCGGCGGGCGAACUUCCACCUUGAAGAUCCAAACGACCUUUCUGAUACCAUCCCUGCUUGGUCUAAGAUUUGUAUUAUUGUCGCCGAUUCUACUGAGAUUGAGAGAUGCUCGCAAUGUCGACAAGCCUUUGUCGAUGCUUUUUAUACCUGGUCCAAAUUCGCCGUGAAAAAGGUAGACCAUGAUACCAGAUUCAAGUGGUAUCAUACAAAUAUCUUCACACGAUGGUUGCCAUCAACUAAUCAAACUGUGGUCCUCGCCUUCGAUCUCGACCCGCCCAUCAAAGAACGUUUCCUGAGAGCAGUGAUGAAACCUGAUGAAAGCUGGCUCAACGAUCCAUUCUGGGUCUACCCACAUUUAGUCGAGCAGAUUGCGCUUAUUCAGGAGCCCUCUGUAUGGGGUAUCCGAGAUCAUGUCCGGUUGACAGAGACAGAAGGGAAACCAGAAGGGAGACCACAACCUGACUACAGACGACUCCACGAUAUCGCCCGACAUGCAAUUCAUGUGAACGAAACACUCGACGUUGCUUUGCAAAACCUAGAGCACAUCUUGACGCAACAUGAGAGCUAUACAAAUUCGAACCCAGAUAAUGCCACUCCUGCUUCCGAAGACAUCCAUCUUCGUCUGCGAUCCUGGCAGUCUUUCAUUGCCAACUUACGAUCUCGGUCCAUUUCAAAUGAAAAGAGACUGCAGAAUGAAAUCCAGCUGGCCUUUAAUACAGUGGCUCAGCAUGAUGCGAGUGUUACUCUUGAAAUUGGUCGAGCAACCCAAUUGGACAGUGCCACCAUGAAAACGAUCGCCUUUGUUACACUUACGUUCCUUCCUCCUACCUUCAUCUGCGCUAUCUUCAGCAUGUCAUUUUUUGAUUUCGGCGGGGAUUCCGGCUGGACUAUGUCGAACAAGUUCUGGAUUUACUGGGUCUUCGCUAUACCAACCACUGUCUUUACAACUCUAGUAUGGACUUAUUGGCCGAAUAUCCGUCGCAUGUUGUUUUCCAAAAUUGAAUGA